AUGGCCACCUCUGGACGCCUCAACUUUACCGUGCGCAGCAUCUUGAAUCUACCGGAGCAGGACGCGCAGCCCCGAGCGAGGCAGGAGCUAGAGACUUGCGUUCCGCAGGCCCAGCCCUGCGCCGCCUGGCUGGAGUCGGAACGCAGCCACUACGCCUCCUCGGACGAAGGCAGCUCGGAGAGCAGCCCGCUGGACUCGUCGCCCCAGUCGCUGUCCGUCCUGCCCGCGUCGCCAGGCUCCGGCGCCGAGAAGAGGAAGAAGCGGCGCGUGCUCUUCUCCAAGGCGCAGACCCUGGAGUUGGAGCGGCGCUUCCGGCAGCAGCGCUACUUGUCGGCGCCGGAGCGGGACCAACUGGCGCGCCUGCUACGCCUCACGCCCACGCAGGUCAAGAUCUGGUUCCAGAACCAUCGCUACAAGCUGAAGCGCGCGCGCGCUCCUGGGGCCACCGAAUCGCCGGAGCCCUCAGCUUCCGCCGAGCUGCCCGCUGCUCCCGGCCUGCUGCGCCAGGUGGUGGUGCCGGUGCUGGUGCACGACCGGCCGCUGUACCGCGGCGGGGCCGAGGGGGUCCCCGCGGCUGUUCGGGACAAGUGCCGUGCACCCCAGACCUUCGCCGGCCCCCUACCCGGCUACACGAGCUUCGGGCCGGGCUCGGCGCUCGGUCUCUUCCCGGCCUACCAGCACCUAGCGCCCCCAGCUCUGCUCUCCUGGAACUGGUGA